AUGGCUCAGAUCACAGCCUCCCCCAACUUUGAGGGCUGGUACAUUCAUCCAGAUGGCACCACCGAAGCUCUCACAUGUCCUCAGGGCACCUUUACAACAUCAGGCACGUAUGCCGUAUGCUGCGACAAGAGCAAGUGCCCGAUGCCCACAGCCUGCCACGACAACAUCAUCAGCUACGACAACCAUGCCGUGGGAUCAUGCCAGGGUUCCGCCGUGUGCCAGACCAUGUCCAUCAUGUCGGCCCCCGGCGCCAAGGCCGACGUCACCUCGAGCAUCUUUUGCGCCCAGUACUGGUUCGCCAUCCAGGCGUACCGCGACACCGUCCCCGUCACCUCGACGUCCGCGACCAAGACCAAGACAUCCGCCUCGACCGGCAGCACGCCCACGAGCAACUCGGCCAGCAUGACGACGUCGCUGAGCAGCAGCAGCACCACGCCGAGCACCGCGGGAUCGUCCGGCGCGACAUCCCCGACUUCGACCCCCGAGUCGUCGUCCGGAAGCUCCAGCAAGGCCUGGGUUGCCGGCGCGGUCGUGGGGCCCGUCGCCGGCCUUGCGCUGAUCGGAUUCGCCUUUUGGUUCCUGCGUCGACGCAGCGCCAAGAAGAAGGCCAGCGCCGCCGACGCGCCGCAAGAGAUUGGCGGCUACGAGCGGCCUGCCGACUACGGUGAUGGAAACUACAACAACAAGGGGUACUACGGCGCCGCGCACCCCAAGGCGGAAAAUACCUCUGCGGGCUACUAUGCGCCGGUGGAGCAGAACCAGGUUCACGAGCUCCCCAGCGGCGAGCAGAGAUGA